AUGCUCCAAUCACAAGGUAGCAGUGCGUUGAAGAGGGAAUCCUCCUCUUCAUCCUCCAUUUAUAUCAGUGUGAGGUUUACUCCAAUGGCCAGCGUAUCUUCUAUUGUUGGUGCACAGUGUGGGGAUGGCAACUUCACUAUCCUGUUGCUCUCAUCCUUUCCUAAGUUUGCACGAUCAUCGGAAAGGGCGAUGUUGCGCGAUAGCAGCUGCAUAACGUUAGUUGCUCCCAUCGUAUUGUCGAAUGAUAUGGAACAGGCGUUGGGCAGCCCUCUUGCUCUGUUUAUGGUGCUGAAGGCAUCAGUACAGACGUUGAUGGUGCCGGAGGUUGAGGGUUUGGACGAGUUGGAGAAAUGUAUACUUAUGUUCAAGAGCCAGAGUGUACAUGCAAAUUGCGGCUGUCUGGACGACCUCCGAGAGACGCAUAACUGUGCCGACGUUCCGGAUCUUCCUGCUUGCUAG